CAGAACUUCAGUACAUAUAUGAUGCAUUGGGUAACCUCGUAAGCUUGCAGUCCAUCAGCAUCGAAUAAUAUGACCUAUCAUGCGCACUACCACCAAAAGUGAGCCAUGCUCUUAAUAUAAACUCCCGUCCAUCUCACACAUCCAAUAAUUGUAAACGUGUUUCUAGUUGCAGCCUAAUCGUUUGAUGCAGUGAUUCAGGGACAUGGUGUCAGUGGCUCCUGCCACAUGUUCAGUGGCAUCCUCCCCCUGAACAGCUGUUCGUCACCUGCCAAGUCCUCCAACAUCAGGCCAGUCACUCCCUAAAGGCUUCUGUGAAUUUAAUUCUGCCGCAUUGCACCAUAAAGGUGCAUAAAUAUGUACGUUUCCUCUUCUCACCGACAUCGGCGCCUUUUUUUCUUCCUCCUUAUCCUGUUCUUCCUCUCCAAAACAUGGGCUCCUAACACUCUGCCCUCUCUCGAGCAGCAACACAACGCCCAUCUUCUGUACCUGCGCUCUUCCUAUCCUACAAGACAAGAUUUCGCUUGCGCCUCGCAUCGCAUCGCCUCUGGGACAUGAAAUCUCCCAGCUUCGCCGACCGCCCUGACCAUAUGUAUGAUCCUG